CACGUCACUUUAUCUCAUUUUGACAUCUCCUCUCUCUCCCUGUCUCGAUCUGUCUCUCUCGAUCCUCCGGCCUUCCCAUCUCCAAUCUUUCAAUUUUCCUUUCUUUCUCUCCCCUUUCAAAAGCUUAAAGUGUAGAACCCAGGCAAUCCCAAACCACAAAACCUAUGGGUUAGGGUUUUCUAAAAUUCUCCCUAUCAGAAUCAACAAAUUACAGAUUUCUGCUCCUAUUCUACCCUCUUUUUUACAAUCAUACCAUGUUCAUUGUGAUUUCUCCUGGAAAUCACUAUCCAAAUUUUCCCAAAUCAAUAUCUUCUUUUCUUCUCGCUCUUUGUAUUCGUCUUCCCUGCAAAAGUUCCAGUUUUUGUCAAUCAUAUCUGCCAAUUUAUUAGGGCUUUCCUUUAUUAGUGAUGUGAAAGAUUUCGUUGUUCAUCUGUUGAUAGGCAAUUUGUGUAAAUAAAUACGCAUAUCUGUAUAUAUUUGAUACUUUUGUUAGGCUUUUUGGUGUGCAAUUUGGGUGGCGUUGUGAUUUGGUUUUGUUGUUUGAAUAUUGAGGAUAUUAUGAUUAUUGAAGAAUUGAAAGGUGUUGAGGUGGAGAGAGAGGCGGAGGAGAUAUCGUCCGUGGAAAUUGCUAAUAAAAGCAAUAGCGAAGGCGUUGUUUCAUGGGACGCGAAGAGGGUUUUCAUUGGAGCAGGGGCUCGGGCUUUGUUUUACCCCACUUUACUUUACAAUGUUGUUAGGAACAGAAUUCAGGCUGAAUUCCGCUGGUGGGAUAGGGUCGAUGAGUUUAUAUUGUUAGGCGCUGUUCCAUUCCCUACAGAUGUUCCAUGCCUAAAGGAGCUUGGUGUUCAUGGAGUGAUAACAUUGAAUGAGCCAUAUGAGACCUUGGUUCCUACAUCUCUAUAUCAUACUCAUGGCAUUGACCAUCUGGUCAUUCCUACAAGAGACUACUACUUUGCACCAUCCUUAAGUGAUAUUUGUCUAGCUGUGGAUUUUAUUCAUGAGAAUGUAUUGCAAGGAUGGACUACGUAUGUUCAUUGUAAGGCUGGUAGGGGGCGCAGUACAACCAUUGUUAUAUGUUACCUGGUGCAACACAAGCAGAUGACACCUGAUGGUGCAUUUGAUUAUGUCAGGUCAAUCAGGCCAAGGGUGCUUCUAGCAUCUGCUCAGUGGCAGGCUGUUCAGGAAUACUAUAAUCUUAAAGUUAGAAAUUGUCCUCACAAUAGCACAACUGAUCUCAUCUUGAAAACUCCAAGGCCAGCACCAUCACAGGAUUUUGUGGCUUUUGAUGAUGGUUCUGUAGUUGUCGUUACAGAGUCAGACCUUGAUGGGUUUGAUCCCACUCAUGAAUCAGAUGCUGUGAGAAGAGAGAUAUGGGAUCUAAGUGUGGUCUAUCGAGUUCGGGUUGCUGGCAAGAGAGCACUGGCAAGAAUAUCCUGUCUCUGGUUCCGCUGUCAGACACACCAAAAGAUUUUGGGAAAGCAACUAAGUACGAAGAAUAGCUGCUGCUCAAUUGGGGCCAAUCAUUUGGGAGGUAUUAGUGUAGACAUCCAUGUCUAUUGAGAGGCGGCUGAAAUUGCAUACAAAUGGUCUGACGAGUUUUCUUUCUUUUCCAAAAUUUUCGAAUGUAUAAUUGAUGAAUAAUGUGUUUGCUUAGACAGUGCUGAAACGUGGUUUCCAUGACCCCCUAUUGAAAUGAAUACUCAUCUUGAAUCACAAAUGUAUGAAAAACGAUCAUGUUUCAUCUAA